AAAUUUAUUCAUUUAUUUUUUUAAAAAUGUAUGCUUCUUCAUUUUCGAAGAUUAGAAAAUUUUAUUUAUUUUCAGCUUUGGAGACAAGAAAGUGGUUAGGUAUUAAACUCCAAGACACUAACAAUCUGAAUCUGGCUUAAGAAUUACUUGUCACUUGAAUACGGUAAUUGAUGCUGUUUUUAUAUAAUUGAAUGUAGGCUUGUCUAGUGGCGAAUAUAUAAAUACUACACCGAUGUGCAUUCGCAAAGACAAGUUAAUUCUUCUUCCACCAAAUGUUUAGUGUCAGAAAAAAAAAUUCAAAAUUGAUUUCCUACUACGCCUUCUUAUUCUUUUGACUGAAUAUUUUUUUGAUCUGCGUAUUAACUAUUUAUACUUUUAUUAUUAUAAUUAGAUUACUUUCCAGUUUCCUUGACCGUUCUCAUCAAGUUAUGAAAAUAAAGCAAAUUAAGAUUUUAAAAAAGCCAAUACUACAGACUUAAUUUGUUGAUUUCACUCAAGUCAACUGUCAACACAUAAUGAUAAAAAUAAAUGAUUUAAUUAAUUAAGUCUUAGGCUUAUUCUUAAUUCAUAGGCAUAAUCAUAAUCAAUCCUUUUAAUUAGAAAGAAAAAAAACAUGAAUAAAUUUUUAAUUGAUUUGAUGAGUCAUUGAAAUUGAAAUGUAAUUAUAUUUCAUAUAGAUAGCCUACCAGUAUUAAAACAAUUUUUUAAAAUAAUAAUUUAGUCCAUUUAGAUUUAGAGGCCUAGGCCAAGACUAGAUAAAUUUUGCCUUAUCUCAUUUAUUCAACGUAAAUAUAAAUAAAAUUAAUAGAUCAAUGUGUCAAUAGGCAUAUAUAUAGUUAUAAACCUAAAUAAUAUAAGUAGCAAGUGUCUACAUAUCCGACUCGCCGGACGUAUACAAUAUUUGUCCAGCGACCAAGUCACAUGACCGCCGUAACAAAGUGGCGUGAGAUAUUUGUCCGUCAGCCUUUUCACGUGACCGUGAAUGAUUCAAAACUAUUGUUAAUUUUAAAAUCUAUUUCUCUACCAAGUAAUUUACUGAGUAUCUUGCAAACAAAUAAUAGAAAAAAAUAGGUAUAUUACCAAAACAAAGGGGGGUUAAGCAAUAAUGCAUUCUAGAAGGAAGCAAGGCUGAGAGGGAGAGAGAAUUACAGUAAUAAAAAAUAAGAAUGCUAAAAAAAUAAUAGUGAGGGUGAUAAAUAAUUAAGUUUAAGGCAGGGAGGCCAAUAGUUCACAAAGAAAUAGACCCUACAUCUUAAUAUAGAGCCGAUAUAGUCAUAGCCUAGCCUACUUCUCAUGCAAUACUAAAUACUAAUCCUGAAAUACAACUUUAUUGACAUAGGUCUUUGAAGAGUUGGAAUCAAAUAGACUAGUAAUUGUAGUAGUAAUAAUAGGCCUACUACUAGCUUGUAUAUAGGCCGACUAGUUUAAUAUUCAAAGUCAAAUACUAUAUGUAUCUCAGAGCAUUUGAAUAUAUUAACAUGUUUAGCAUUUAUUUAUUAUCAAGGGAUCGACUGACUAAUAGAUGUAUACACAAUAUUGGAAUAUCAAAUGCAAUGCAACUAUUUUGCCUGUGACCACUUGUCACAUGAUUUUCUGGAAUAAUAACGUCUACUAGUCGUCCGGACGUAUAUCUCCCACAGUAUUUUUCUGGCGCACCGGACUAAUAAAUGUUAGUACUAGUAAAGGCAAAGGGCUUAAGUGAGAUUUAAAUUCAAAUAAGUAUCGAGCUGAAAGGAAAGAAAGUGAAAUUCAGAUCUACUUAGUUAUGAUUUGCAUUUAGUUCUAAUGCCAUAGAACUAAAAUCGACAGAUGAUUGCCAUCAUGAAUUUGGACAGUACUUAGUAAAGUACAGUGAAUCGACCAGUGACAUAGCUUGGAGGAUGCCAAUGAGAAUUAUUUCACUUAAAAUCAAAGAAUCAAGUCAUCCAAUUAUCAAUAUAAGAGUUUAUGGGUGAAGCAGCUCCAGGAAAUUUUCAUCUUAAUGGUGCUCAUGACAAGACCUAAUUUUUAAAAAAAACUAUUUAAAUGUGUCCCGUAUUAAUAAUUAACCGACUCCUGUCUAACCUACUUAAAUAAAAAUUGUUCCCCUCCUCAACCUACUUAACUCUUUUGCUGCGGAACAACGUACACUGCGUUCAUCCACCGUUCUCAAAAGCAGGGACCAACGCGCUCUGCGUUGUUUCAAUAUCGUGUUUGUUUCUUUGCUAUUUCUUGGUUAAUCUUUUUAAGAGCUAUUUUUAAAUAAGACUUUUCUUAACAAUUUUUUUCUACUGUUGCUAUGGCUGCUCUAGGCCCUAAUAGGUGAAUAAGUUUCCUUGAUGAUUAACAGCUCAAAAAGCUUUGGAAUUGUUUUAUACUAUUUCUUUUGAUAGUGAAGAUGAUUUUUUUUAGAUCCAUCGGAUGAUUCCGAUAGUAGUAGUUUUAGAGGAUUUGAGUUAUAGAAGUGAAGAUGAGGUAUGCAUACAUCAUAUGAUUUGGGGGAAAAAAUUGUUUAGCUUCUAAUGAUUUCACAUUUUAUGGUUCUUUUCUGUAACUUAUUUUAUUUAAACUGAAGAAAUAAGUUUAAAACAUAAAGUCCUUUUAAUUAUUUUUCAUUUGAUACCAAGUUUAGUCUUAUAAACCAAAAAAUAAUAUUUUAAAUACUUUUUUAAUAAACCCCAUCUUUCAUUCUUUUUUGCUCUUUGAAAAAUAAUGUAAAUUUUUUCGAUAAAAAAAUUUCCCCAGCAAAGAGUUAAAUGAAAACUUUCUCCCCUGCCUAAUCUACUUAACCAAAAACUUGCCCCCACUGCCUUAGUAAAAUGACAUAACUCUUUUUAAAAAAAAAAUAAAAGGAGACAUGUCAUUAUUUAAAUUUUUUUUAAUAUCAAAUUGAAUGAAUGUUAUAUUCACGUUAAGAAUUAAAAUUGUUAGAGAAAAACCUUUAGAUUAUAAUAUCUGAAGUUGACUAUCACUUCAUUAUACAAAGUUCACUGACAAUGACCAUGAUCACAUUCGUCAACUAAUAUUAUUAUUAUUAUAUACAGAUGUUUAACAGUACGGUAGUAAUUUUAUAGUCUGUUCCAGAUAUAUCUGCAACUCUAACGUUAUCACUAUUACUUUCUGCAUCAGUUUAAAUAAAUUAUACAUUGAUCUGUUUGAUUGGUUUUUAAAAGUUCUUUUUGACCACCAGUUGUGUAAAUUUUUAGGCCAGAGUCCUGGGUCGGCUUCCUACCAGUUGUGAAAUGAUAACUUAGACUAACUUAGGCAGCAAUCCACUUAGUGUAAAUAAGUACAUGUAUUUGAGAAACGAAAUAAGUACAUUAUUAAUGUUUGUGAGAUUCUUAAACAAAAUGAAAUCCUCCCUAAUUUUCUAAAUAUUCCCACAGGUGAAAACAAUUACCGGUAAACACUAAAGCCAUGGGAGUAAAUGCCAGUGCAAGUGAUGAUGAAUUAAAAAACUCAAAGUUGUUGCCUGGAUCAGAUCAAAGUGAAGCUGGGCAUUCAGACGUUGUUCAAACUGGCUACUGCCUUAAUGAUGUGAAGUAUCCAGCCAGUUUAGAUACUGAACACGCAUGUGCUGAAAGAGCUGGGAGUUCUCAUAAGUGCCACUCUGAGCAUAUUAAAAAAGAUUUUGAGUUCUUAAUAGGUGCCGUUACUUUUAUCUUGGGGUAAUUGUAUUGAUAGAUGAAACAAAGCUGUGCUAUUUUUUUUUUAAUCUGAGAGUUUAUUUCUGGAUUUUUUGUUGCUCUAAUGUAUAGGAUUAUAAUAUAAUCCCUUUGCAAGCAGCUGCAUAACAAUUAUUAACAAUAGCAUAAUGGCUUCAUAGCACUUGACAAUGGAAAACAUUUUUUUUUUUAUUAUUAUUAUAAUUGUAUUAAUCAUUUAAUUUUAUAAAUUCUUUGAGUAUUCAUUUAACAAUAACUGGUAUGUUACAAAUUAAAAUUAAUCUAGCUUUUUAAAUUAACUUCUAUUUGUGCACUAGGGAGUCUGGAGAAAGUACCAGCAACUGCUCAGAAGUUGUACAACUUGAGCAAAUUGUAUUUGACAACAGGUUCCUCAAAAUCUAGUGACCACGAAGGGUUCAAUUCUUUGUUUGAACCUUUAGCCCCUAAUCAGCCCGGUAAGUCUGAUAUUACUAUGAAAGAUACCUUAAACAUUCAAUAUCUUUACUUAGAAUUUCAGUUAAGAUAAUAAAAAGAAAUUUCUAAUUUGCCUCUCGUCUUUCACUUAAAAGUAAUGUUUAAAAAGUGAAUUGUAACAAAUUCUAUAAAAAAGGAAAAUCAAUCGCUUCUGCAAAAAAGAAGUGAAAAAAUUAAUUAUUGUUUUACUUUAUUCAGGUUAUAAGGGUUAAUUUUUUGUGUAGUUUCUAAAACAAUUUUAAAAAAAACAUACAUGAUAAUAUAGUUUGUAAUACUAUGCAAAUUUUAAGAGUUGAAAUACAUCUCUCAAAUAGGAAAGGGAGAAAACACUAUUGUUAGCACCCUGUGAUUAAUAUUUACAUGACCUCUAAGACUUUUUUGAUGUGACAUGAUGCUUGUUGUGUUGUACCGGUACUACGUUGCUGUGGUGGGAAUUUUGUUUAUAGCAAUGUAUUUUUUUUAGCUUUGGGAGGUGUGUGUUGUCCUCUGCCAUUCUGAUUGAGAUGUCCAUAAUAAUUGUAUAUCAUCAAUGAAGGUUUUUGGGUGUUUAUAAGUUUGCAGUUACAGAUUUACAAUGUCCUAGGCAAAAGGUAUUCAUGAAAAAAGAAAUAUGUGAAGGAAUAUAAGUAAGGAAAUAAAAUACAGCUUUGAGAAGGGGAUCAUUGGAGAAGGGGGUUUGGUUUCAAUAUGCAGGUUACAUGCUAGUUGUUUUCACACAAAAUAAAAAUGAUGGGCGAGAAUUGCAUGAAGGAAGAUUGAAUUUUGUAAGACUGUUUAUUCAAAAUUUCUUUAAUAUAUUUUUCAUGUGAUUGUUUUUUUCCACCCCCACAUUUCGCCCAUCUGAUGCUUGUGGACAAAUAUUGAUUAUUGAAAUUUCCACACAAAAAAAAUGUGACUACUUAACUACAUUAUUCAAUCUUAUUUUGUUUUUAAACAGUCAUAUAGUAUAUAGGAUAGGUGUUAAACAAUCACAUAAUACAUGGAUGAUAUGCAGUCAACUUUGAAUUUCUUUCAAAGGAUUUUAUUGAGUGGGUAUUUAAUAUUGUUUUAAACUCUAUUAGCUUGUAAUUAAAAUAUAUUUUUUUAUCCCAAAUAAUUUUAUAGGCCUUGCUGAAGAUUCUUCUGAUCAAGAACUGACUAGUGAUACCAGAUCAACUGCUAUCCCAUCUGAUUGUAGCCUGUUCACACCCAUGAGAAAGUCUUCUCCUCUCUACCGAGGACAGACCUACAUACAGUGGCGAGCAGCUCAAGAUCUGAACAACUUUUACUUUCUGUGCUUACCCAAGCGGCGAACAAUUUACCUGCAGCCUAUCGAUCAUUUCCCAGAAUUUGUAACAAGUUUCCGAUUAGCUACACCUCAUCUGAGUUUGGACCUAUUUGAAACUUUGCUGGGAUUCGCCCAGAUCUACUUUCUGGGACUGGAAGUCAUGGUGCGCCCUCCCAUUUCAAUAGGAACCAGUGGCUGGAAUCUGUCCUCAAGAAUAAAUCCAACAACAGGCCAGAUGCAGUUUUGUGUAAAUGAUUUUUUCCCACUUCUCCAAGCCAGUCUGCCCCCUGAUGGAUUGUGUGUUGCAGGCCUUAUCUGGACUGACCUGUAUCCUCAAGGGUUCAACUUCGUUUUGGGGGAGGCUUCGUUUCAGCACAAGUCGGCUGUGGUCAGCUUUGGCAGGUUUGAGAAUGACGAUUCGUGUGCCGACAUCACAAAGGUUGAUGACCAAGUACUUUGGAAGCUUUUUAAGGUAUGCUAAAUCAAAUUCUAAAAGAAGGAGACAAUAGAUGUACUGAAUACGGUUGUCUAUAUUAUGGGAAAGCAAUUUGUAUUUUUCUCAAUUUUAUGAUGUCUGAAAGACUUAAUAGAUGUUUAUAUAUAUUGUAAUACAUAACCACACAUGCAUAAAGAAAUAUCAAUUAUUGCUAACAAAAUUCAAAUACCAAUAACAUGAUUUAAUGAGGUAAAGAGCUAAAAUAUCAAAAGAUAUGAGAUGAAGGGGUAAUCCGUUAUUGAUACAAAUUUAGAAAAAAGUAAAAGACUAAAGAAUUUAACCAUAUAUUGAGGUUCAGCAGAGUGGUUAAGUUUAGCUCAUUCAAAAAUAUCACAUCAACCUCAUAAUUCAUAAUGAUUUUUCUAUGCCAUAAGGUUUCUGAUAGGGAUAUGGUUUUAACUUUGUCCUGGGAAAGGUUGAUGUUGAAAAUAUAAUUCGCCAUGGUGCUAACUGCCAUAAUUGUGGACUCUAAAGAGCUUGUUAUCACUGUUUAUUGCUUUAUUUAAAUAACACUGGUCAAGAUUAAUUUUGCUUUAGAAAGUAAAACAUAUAUGUUGUAUGUACUUUAAUACGCUGAUUCCAAAAACAAUGUCAGAACCUCCUAGCACAUCUAGAUUUUAAAUAAUGCAUGCAUUCAAGAAAUGUUAAUAAUAUUAAUAAAAUCACCAUUGUUAAGUAGAGUAACACACGCCCUAAGCAUAUGACAUGAUAGAGUCCCAAAGGAUAUAUAGUCCCUUAAUUCAAUUUGGGGUGAACCUAGCUUUAGCGGUUUUGGCAAGGGUAAUAGAAACAUUAUAUUGGAAAUAGAUUAAUUUUGAUUUCUGUUUAUAAAAAGUAAAAUUAAAAUUUUUUAAUGUUAUGACUACGCCGGGUCACAGAAUUAGUCACACUGUUAUAGAAGGGAAUACAGACCUAGUAAUUUUUAUGCAUAUGGUAAUAAAAAAACAUAAUUUUAACUAGAACCUGCAUAAAUUAGAAUCCUGACAUGCUACACAACAAUGUGAAUUCAAAUUUGGACUCAAUUUAGCAGAAAUUAUAAACCACCGAUCGAUGUGCAGUAGAAUACAAAAAUAAGUUUUUUUGUUCUUCAUUGUAAUUAGUGCAGUUGAGAGAAUAGCCAAAGAUUUAUCCAAGAAAAUGUCUUUUUAUAUCACUGAAAAGCCUUCUGGCUGUCGACACAUGAAGAAAAGCUUUGUAUUGAACUACUGUUAUAACAAUUUAGAUACCAAACAUCUAAUCUAACUGCAUUUUAUAUUCUAAUAUAUCAAUUAGAGACAUUCAUCAGACUAGUUAUUAACCACACCAAUCCUAUAACAAACGUACAAAAUUUCAUUUUAGAGGCAUGAAAAUUCAUCUGUUCCAGAAUCUGUAAGGAUUUUCCAGCAUGAUUAUUAUAUUAUAUCUAUGUGUACAGGCGAGACUGGUUUGAUCAGAUUUUAUGGCUAGUUUUAAAAUUGAAAAAAAAAAUUGUUAAAUCAACCAGUAUGGGUUUUGUGCUCCAUUAAAAAUGCUGAUAAUGUAAAUGUGAUUGCUGAAAGCCUCCAGUUAGUUGAUAAGUUGAUUAUAUUCUAAUUUCUUUGUUCACAGUCACUAAGUCAUGAAGUGUGCCACCUCCUAGGUCUUCAGCACUGCCAGUUUUUCUUGUGUGCCAUGAAUGAGAGCUCAAGCGUCACCCAGGCACUAUCACAGCCAUUGUUCUUAUGCCCAGUGUGCCUGCGUAAGGUCCAGCGCGCGUGCGGCUUUGACGUGCUCGAACGCUACCAGCGUCUACAGCAGUUUCUCACCACCAUCAGCAAGCAAUUUGGGGGUUCUGGUAGAUUUCAGGAAUCACUGCUAUGGCUAGAGAGAUGCAUAUCUUAUCUAAAUACUUGAAGGGACAGGAUGGUUAUUUAAUUUAAUGCAACAAUUGAUGGAUAUGUCUAUGUUGGUCUGCUAUACCACAUGUCCUGGUACGGCCGGGCGUCUACUCCAUUACAUAUGUUGUUGGGCUUCCUAACAGUUGUGGCAGGGCCCCCAAAGCUGUAAAGGGAUGAAAUUUUUUAAUUCUUUUACAGCACUUUAUUUACUGCAUAUAUUUGCUCCCAGAAUGCUGAUAUUGUUCAGUUCUUAGAAAAUUUUCCAUCAUUAAUCAAUCUAGUAAUAGUAAGUACCGAUAUAUUAUAGUUGUCAUGAAUUUUUUUAAUGAAAUUUUUAUUAAUGAUUUAGGAAAGUUUGCAUUCAUGUUGCCAUUAUAUCUCAUUGAUUAUUGUAAAUUGUAAACAAAUGUUUGUGGUCAUUCAAAGCUGUAUUGAUAAUUUGUACACUUUGUGCAGUAUGUACUAAGAGUUAAAUUUUGGAGGAUUUUAAUUUUUAAAAAUGUUGUAAUCAUUGUUAAUAAAAUCAAGUAUGAUGGUGACCAAAUGUAAAUUUGUUCCAUUAAUUUAUUUAGACAUUUCUUAACAGUCACUUUUUAUAAAAUUGUAAAUGUGAUUUAACAUAAUUAUGAGUAAAAUCAUAUUUGGUGACUCAGAAUGUUCUGAACAGCAACAUAUAGAAAUAUACAAAUACUUAAAU